AAUAGCACAUCAACCUCCAUCUAGAUUACAUCGCUGUACUAUCAUCAAUUGCAAGUGAAUUGAGAUUUACCGAGGGUCAGUCAUCUAGCGGAAGCGAGAAAAGAGACCCGACUACAUCGUUCAUUGGUUUCGUCAUACGUGCAAUACAGCGGGAUAAACAACCCCCACUUUCAGGCAAAUGACUUCAAAUUGGCAAUUUUGACUAGCUCGAGGACAUACAGUCUUGAAGGCUUUCGAUCAGCUCCCGAACAGCUUCUGGAAACAACUAUCCUCUACAACCUAAAAUAACUACCUCCUACUACCAAAUCUCAAACAUGGUAACCUCAAAACCCCCUCGGAAAAUACUUUUCCUGACAAAUAGCGAGUAUGGCCAAAGUAACGUGGUAUUCGCAACUGCCUAUGAACUUAUCCUCAACAACGUAGAAGUUCACAUCGCCUCCUUUGAGGCCCCUGCUAUUGCGAAAGAAGUCUCUGAUAUCAUCGAUUAUGGAAAUUUUCGUUCCCCCAUCCGAACCCGCGUCGAUGAACUGAAUGCUGGCGAGUAUGGACCAAUCCCACCUGGUAGUAUCAAAGCACUUUUCCAUCCGAUAGAUAGCCCGGGAAUGGUUGAGAAACUCGCAUUAGUUGCGCCGGAUCAGGAAGCCAUGCGUCAUGGGGUUGGAUUUCGAGAGGCGUGGAGAAUCUAUGCGAAGAUUCCGAGUGUUUUGUCUUCUUAUACUCCUGAUGAGUAUGUCAAGGGAGUUCAUUCUUGCGUUGAGAUUGUUGAGAAGGUUAAUCCGGAUGGAAUUGUAGUGGAAAAACUUUGCGCACAGGGUUUUGAUGCUUGUGCUAUUUUGGGAAAGAAAACUAUGAGUAUUACGCCGAAUAGUUUUAAAGAUACUUUAGCUCAAGCUCAACCGAAUGGAUUUGCACUAUGGGGUAUAGCUGCUGAUUGUUCUGGCUAUAACUUUCCACUUCCAUGGUAUCUUAUUCCUAUGAACAUUAUCCUAAUGAUUCGCCUCAUUAUCAUUAUCGUCACGUCUCCAAACAUCAAAGCUAUCGAAGCUGGACGCAAAAAGGCUAAUAUUCCAGGCCAAUACCCAUUAUUUGUUCCAUACUCCAAAGAUGUCCAUUACUUGCUUCCUACAGGACGAGAAUUUGAUCUCAAACUCCCAUACAUCCCAGAAAAUGUAACGACCUGUGGACCCCUCACCAUACCCUCCUACCCACUCUCUCAAACCGACCCAGAACUCUUAAAAUGGCUAGAGAAAAAACCUACCAUCCUUAUCAAUCUCGGAUCACAUGUAUACGGAAGCAAAGAAUUCAACCGCAAUAUCGCCACCGGAAUUCGCAUCCUCCUCUCCAAGAACCCCUGCAUCCAAGUCCUCUGGAAACUCAAGCCCACAUCCCCAGGACCCGAUCCCGCCAUUACCGAAAUUCUCGCACCUAUUGCCUCGCAAGUAAAGCUUGUUCCAUGGCUCAAAGCCGAACCAAUAUCUAUUCUUCGCUCAGGUCACAUCAUCGCAUCUGUUCAUCACGGAGGCGCGAAUUCGUAUUACGAGAGUGUUGAGACCUGGACUCCACAAUUGGUAUUGCCGUGUUGGUUCGAUACAUAUAAUUAUAUGGAGAAGGUGGAGUUUUUCGGUAUUGGUGUUUGGGGAAGUAGAGAUUGUGCACCGGGUGUUGAGGGGAAGGAAUUGGGAAAGGCGUUGAUUAAAGUUACGGAGGAUGAUUCUAUUAAGCAAAAAGCAAAGCAAAUGGGAGAGCUGGUUAGUGGAAAGUAUGGAGGUCGCAGAGAUGCGGCGAGGAAGAUAAUAGAGUUAGUUGAGGGAGAAUUUGGUUUGCAGACGAAGUUGUGAUAUUCGGUUGGAAAUAACUUCGAGGAGAUCUGGUGAUCGGAAAGGAUAGGUGGAGGGAAGGGAACGAAGAUGUGUAUUGAAGAAUCUGUAGCUACCAUGUUUGUGUUCGCGGCGAAUGCUAUGCGUGGUACUACAUGGUCUUUUAACUGGAGACGGGUCCCUGGAAAGAUGAUUUUGAGUUUGGAUUUGACUUCAAAUACCUAGGAUACUUUUGAAAGGCAACAUCUACAUAAAUACUCAUAUCGUUCAUUUUGUAAGCAUCAAACUUCUCUUCCCUCCACUACUGCAGUACAAGUCGCCACAGCUCAUCAAAAAUAUACAUCGCAAUCCCAAACCAUUAACCUCAUUGUACGAUCUCACCUCGUACAACACAACACAACACAACACACAUCGUGCCCAUCUCCCAUUGCCUAUCGCCCAUCACACAUUCCCUCCCAAAGCCCACCCACCGAACCAAACCCAUCAACAAAACCAACCGAAAAAUAUCGCCACAGAAUGUACAAAUACAAUUUUUCUUCAUCGUCAUCGCCAUCUCGGUCAUCUGAUGUUCCUAGGUAUUCAAACACGAAGCUUACAUACCUUAUGCAUAUCUGCAUAUCUGCACACCUGCAGAUCCCCCUCACGUAAUCCGAUACGAGGCGGAGAUCCCGU